CGAUCUACCAGAGUACGGCUUCAUUGUCCUUACGUGCCUGAUCGAAUUAUGGUACUCACCCCUCAUACACCACCAUCACAGGAUUCCCAAAUGUUACCGCCAGAUACAGUCCCUGUCCCACGUCGUACCUCUCAAGCUGAUUAUCGCACGGGGGAUCUGAAACUGGGCCGCAUUGCUGUUCUCACUGAUUUGAGAAGGUAUCUGCAGGUUCCAUUCGAUUGCCUCGUGAAAUGCGUUGGUGCCAUGCCCUCUCAGCAGGAUCUGCAGCGGAUACGCCACAACUUGACAGAGAGCAAGAUUCUCGCCGACGACGAGAGUGGCUUGCAAUGGACGGACUUUACCCCACCUGCCACAUCAAAAGUGUCCGAAGAGAAUGCGUUUAAGCCCCUCGGUCGCAUCAUCGCUGAAAUUUUGGCGGAAGUCCCGAAGAGUGGAGUCUCGUUCCUAGCGAACCCAAACGCAUCACCCCUCUCGGAGCGCAACAAUACUUCCAGGCCUGAUGGAUACCUUGUACUUAGCAUCAAAAAAAACGAGCCCAAGAUCCAUUGGUUCGAUAUUGCUGUUCCAUUUGAGUUCAAGAAGGGACGGGAUAUUGAGUCUCUCCGAGAUGACGAACAGAAAAUAAUCUGGAGCCUUCACAAUAUCAUGCGCGAGGAUCUUCUUCGUCGGUUUGCGUUCGGUAUCACAAUCGAGGACACACAAGUGAGACUGUGGCUCAGCAAUCGUGCGUUCCUUGCGGUUACAGAACCUAUCAACAUCUUCGAGAAUAUCGAUGGUGUUAUCUCGCUCUUUUACGCUCUUGGAUCUGCGUCUUCUAAUUUGAAAAACCUCGGAUGGGACCCCACUGUCGAGCGGAUCUGUGAUGGGGAGGUUUUCCAAUACAAGUUCACUAUCGAGGACGAAGUGUUCACCACGACACGUGAACUUGCAACUUAUGGCGCAGACUCUAUGGUUGGGCGUGGAACUCGCGUGUACGAAGCUAAGGACGCCAAGGGAAAGAAAGUUGCCGUCAAAGAUUCAUGGAGAGAAGCUGUACGUCAAUCAGAGGGCGAGAUCCUAAAAAAUAUAUUGGCUUCCUGCGAGAAGAAGCUGCAACCGGAUGAGUUGGCGAAGGCCAAGAGGCACUUCGUUGAAGUUCGGCUCUGGCAGGAUGUCGCAAUCGACAAUACCCGAGACGAGACCCCGAUGAUUGCAGAAGGUACCUGGGUGUCCAUCGAUCUCAAUCCUACCCUCUCCACGAAACGACAUUUAUCUAGCAAAGGCGACGUCCCCGACUCUGGUCAGCUGUCUGCCCUUUUUUCCACACAAUUGGGCAUUAUUGCGCACGAAAUCCCACGCAGAGUCCAUACUCGCACUGUCUUCCAAGAUGUCGGAGUCGCUCUCAAGGAUGUCACCUCUUUGGCUGAUAAUUUGACUUGCUUGUCCGGUGCACUUAUGGCCUUGUAUUAUUUGCACAAAGCAGGCUGGGUUCAUCGCGAUUUCAGCGUCGGGAACACAAUUUGGGUUGGGGGUGUGGGGAAGUUGGGUGACUUCGAGUACGCGAAAGAGAUAGAUUCAAACACUUCUAAUGAUGUUCGAACGGGAACGAUGCAUUUUAUGGCGCUGGAAGUCGAAAACCAGAAAUACCUUUUCUACUCAAAUUCUGACUCCGUCCUAUCCGAUACAUACCUCCCGCUCGAUCCUCCAUUUCGCAUGAAUUUCCUGCACGACAUCGAAUCCGUAUGGUGGGCUUUUACCUGGAUCUUCUUUUAUCAUACGGACACAGAAACGGCGAACUCCGGCCAUUCCUUUGAUACUCAGUUGAAAGGAUACCAUUCGGCCUUCCCUGGUACGGUCGGCAAGACAUCACGCUAUCGCUUCUUCCGCGACAUGAGAGAACUCCGUAGGAGCUGCGAAAAUGUCGUUUCAAAGCCGUGCUUUGAUGUUUGCCGUCUUAUCCCUCAUUUCGCAAAAGCUCUCCAAGAUGGCUAUCGAAAGGCGGAGGCAAAUUAUCCCUCACUAGCGCUUGACGACACUCUUCUGGAAGAUAUGCACGGAAGAGCUGCAGGAUUUCUCCGCGAUGCGAAAGAACGUGCUGGAGUUAUAGAACUUUGUCCACUCCCCAACUUCCGGAAGCAGAAGAGACCCAGCCCGGGAGAUGAGACAUCGCCUCCGUCAAAAAAUCAAGGGAAGAAGCCGCGACAUGAUUGAUUUUUUAUUGUUUGUAUGAGAAAGAACUAUGUAGCUUGGCGUCUCGUAUACGUAGCUGUGACUUUGUGGUUACAAAUUAUAGGAAUGUUCAUAGUACUCAUUGUGGUAAUUUUACUUCUAUGGAACAACCAUAUUCAUAGGCC